UUCCCCCCCAGUCCCCACAGCCGCCUCCCACACCCCCUCCUCCUUCCUUCCUUCCUCGCUUGUCACCCGCCACAGCUGCCGCACCCCUCCUCCAUCUCUUUCCUCUCGCAUCCUCCCGCGUCGGACGCCGCUAGGCUCCUCCCUGUCUCGUCUCGGCCCGACCCAGACGGAUCCAGGGGUAGCAGAGAGGAGGAAGGGAGGUAGAACGACAGGGAAGGGGAUGAAUAGCAGAGAGGAGGAAGGGGGGUAGAGGAACGACGAGGAAGGGGAUGGACAGGAGCUUCAUGCCCAAAAUCCAGUCGCCCCUGGCCGUGCCUACACGAGCAGCGCCGUGGGUAGAUGCUUCCCCGCCCAACGAGGAUGGCGAGGUAGGUGUUGACAAAGGCAGCCCGAGGCCGUCAGAUUUGGCACCAUCGCCGUUCUUUUGGUCGAGGCCGCUGUCGUUCACGUGCUCCUCCUCACCCCCACGGCUAGAUGCUGGCGAGGCCAGCCUCCCCUCAAGCGCAGAUUAUCUUCGUCUCUGGUGUUUCGCUGGCCAUUGGGCUGAAGUCAACCGUACAGUUCUUCACAAAGCCCAAGAAUCGCAAGGGUUCGAUUGCUUUCAGGGUCGUACUUUUCCUUGUCCUUAUUGGCUGGCCUGUCUUCGGUAUGAUGGCAGAUUCGUUUGGUUUUGCCCUGCUAUUCAGGUUUGUAGAUCCUCUAUUAUGCAUUCAUAUGAUCAUCUGAUGUCUGUUUUUCAGUGUGCAUUAAUAAAUGGUAGAAACUUUUGGGUAUUGUAUCUGACUGGUACUGAAUUUUCCACAGUAGGUUCUGGCCUACUGCUGCUGUUUACCUACAAAAAAAAUCCACCAUCGGUUGGAUUUUCCAGCACCCUUAUGUGACAUAUGUAAGAUCAUAUUUGCGGCUUUGCUGUUGUUGAGCUGCGUAAAUUUUCUUCAAGUCCAACCCAGUCUGGUCGCCACUUCAUUUACAUGAUCUUGUUCUUGUGAGGGAUUAUUUUUUAUGGAUCUGAGCCCCCAUUGUUCUUGCUGUUGUUUCCCACUCCUGUAAUUAACCUUUACUAAGUAGUGUUAGGUCUUCAGCAUAACACUGAAUAUUUAAGCUAAUAAGGAUACCAUUAGAUGACCGACCCUGUAAUUAACUUUAUUCAGUUUAUGAACAUAUAUGUACACUACAGAGCAUAAAAAUGGGAAAAUACAAAUAUGAUUGGUGGUUGGUUCACCACCUAAAAAUUUGAUCUACCAAUUAUGUUUUAGUGAUUUCUACUUGAGCUAAAACCACGACAAUAAUUUUGGAAUGGAGGGAGUACUUAUUUGUUGUUGUAUCUUUGAUAGUUUGAUAAAAAUAUCAUGAAGGUUAAAGCGGGCGUGGUUUUGAUAUAUUUUUGUUACAAGAUAUUAGAUCGACUUUCUGGUUUGGAAAUACUUAUAAUCGUUUUCUCCUAACUGCAUCUGAGCCUACACUUUUGUAGACUACUCAGGAUAGAGAUGAUAUAAAUGUGAGCAACAAAGUUAUUUACUCGGGGAUGCAUUAUAUUCCAAGUUAACCUUUGCAUUGAGAAUAUCAUCCUAUUUUUUAUAGGAACAACUCGCUAUCAGUGCAUCACAAUUUUGUGUGGUACGUUUGUUUUUACCUAUUCCAGUUCUGAGCCUUACUUGUUCAUAUGGUUUCAAUUGCCGUCUCUCAUGUGACGUUGAGAAAAUCACAUGUAUAUGCGUAUUUUUUUUCCUCUGUACCCUGAUUUAUCUUAGUCCUUAUGUCAAAGAUACUGGAUGUAGUAACAGAUCGACGUACUAACAAAUGCAAAGAGAAUGGACCUCCUCUUGAUUAGCUCAAGAGGACCUGUAUAGUGGCUUCAUGUAAUUUCUUGAUUUCCCAUAAUGAUUUCGCUGGCAAUUUGUCAGUCUAUUUCUAGCUGAAAUUGCGUGUAUAUCUUAUAAAUUUACAUUGCAACAAAUUAAUAAGGAGUAUAGAAGCAUUUGCAUCUAUCUAAUAUAUUUUUAUGGUUUGUUUCAAAAAGCUCAAGGUUAGAUAUGUACUGCUGUAUGAGGCUAUCAUUAGGAUGGAAGACAAUUAAUGUUAAAAUAUUGUUUGAAUUUCCUUCUUUCUGUAAACAGCAAUACAAGCUAUGUUUGCGCCAUGAUUCUAUUCCAAUUUUUUUAACAACUGACAAUUAACGACAUAUCAAAUGUUCCGUAUUGAAAUGGAUCAUUUUGUCAGGUUGGGUUUAGUAGGUCAUAAUGGUUUUAUUCUACGACAGGAUUAAUUUUGUUUAUACUGUAACCUGUUCAAGGAUUGACGAGUUUUCGAACCCUACGAUCUUUGCACACUAAGGUUCGGCUGUGUUCUUUGUGAAAUAUACGUCCUGCAAGUCUCAUGUGUCUUGCGUUGUUUUCGCUAUCCAAGCUACAGGCUUUUGAUAUACUCAAAAUGAGAUUCUUUAUAUGGUGUUCGAUUCCUCUUGCUAUCACCACAACGGGAAAUGUCUUAUGGUGGCAAUAUGCUCUUCUAUGCUAUCUGAUUGACUCUUUUUAUUAGCAUGGAGUAUAAAUUUUACUUCACUAAGAUUAAUUUCUGUUCACACUGUUCUGUAUAUAAAAAAGGAUUGUUGUGCUUACAAGGUUUAUGACAUUUUGGCGAAACAUUAUUUAGUAAAAAAGUAUGUAGAGGUGAACUUUAGAGGUGAAAUGUUGUGGAUGUUCUGACAGAGAGAUGCUUGGACUAACUUUAGCGUCACACCUUACUCAAUAUCUGGUAUUGGGUUCUACUAAUUGUCAGCGCCUUAAUUUUUGUUUUCCUCCCAAUGCCAUGUGAUAUUUACUGGACUAUAAUUCACAUGCUUGCAAGUCGUCGUCGUCGUCGUCGUGUCUCUCUCUCUAACUGCCCCCCUCCCAUCAUCUUGGCUUGCAGGUCACCUCCGUGUCUCCCGCCAGUCCACGACAUAGCUUGCAAUCUAGGAUGUUGCCAAGUUAACUUAGGAUGGUAACCUACAAUGUACAACCCAAGAGAUCGACAGUGUUUAUUAUACUGUCAUGCCUCUACUUCUGUGUUGCAUAUAUAGCUGCUUGUAUAUCUAAUUGGAUUGUUCAGAUUAGAUACUUCUCUAUGAAAUUACUAAUACAUGAAUUUUGUUUCUUUA